UCUGGCUAUCAGUCUGUUUGGAUUAUUGCAAGCAUUCACAUGCAUUCCUGCCUUUUUUCCCAUCCCGCAUCCAAGAUGAGGAUUAGUUGACCAGCAACACACACGCACACACAGACACACACAGUCGGGCAGCCAUGAUGCGCUCGCUUCAAGUGAGUGAAAGGCAGGAAGUGGCGACUAACAUUGAGGAUGAUUGAUGUGACAAACGGAUGGCGGCAAGUCAUUUGGCUCUGCGGGGUGAGUCAGCAUCCGAGGCUCCCCGUCGGGAGCGACCAUAAUUCCAUCUGCUCGGCCCCCAUUCGUCAUCCCCCCUCUCCUCCUUCCCCUCCCUCCCUCCCUCCCUCCCUCCCUCCCUCCCUCCAUCCCUCCAUCCGUGCUACACACGCUCAAAGGCAGCGAGACGACGUUUACUUGAGGACAAGAGGGAUGCGACGGGAGGUAGCGGAAGAGACCGUUCUCAAGUAUUUCCAAGGCUCAGGCAAAUAAAAGGCAGAGGCGGGGCGGCCGUUAUCGAGUCCCGCGUUUAGGAUGGCCGCUGACGCCGCUGGCAGCAUUCCCAGCCCGGUGGUGCGCCAGAUCGACAAGCAGUUCUUGAUCUGCAGCAUCUGUCUGGAACGAUACCACAACCCCAAAGUUCUGCCCUGCCUGCACACUUUCUGCGAAAGGUGCCUGCAAAACUACAUCCCGGCGCACAGCCUGACGCUGUCGUGCCCCGUGUGCCGCCAGACGUCCAUCCUGCCCGAGAAGGGUGUGGCGGCGCUGCAGAACAACUUCUUCAUCACCAACCUGAUGGACGUCCUGCAACGCUCGCCGGGCCGGCGCCGAGCGGACGGCGAUCAGGAAGCGGCGGCUGUCCUCGACGACAUGGCCACGGUGGCGGCGGGGCAGCUGCUCUCCUGCCCCAACCACGGAGGCAACGUUAUGGAGUUCUACUGUCCGCCGUGCGAGACAGCCAUGUGUCAGGAGUGCGCGAGCGGCGAGCACGGAGAACAUCCCACCGUGCCGCUUAAAGACGUCGUGGAGCAACACAAGGCUUCGUUGCAGGAGCAGAUGGACGCCGUCAAGAGAAGGUUGCCAGAGAUCGACGGCGCCCUGCUCACACUUUCGGCCAUCCUUCAACGAUUGACGGGUCGCAAGAGCGCCAUCGAGGAGGACAUCCACGCCGCCUUCGACGAACUACAGAAGACGCUCAACGUUCGCAAGAGCGUCCUGCUCAUGGAGCUGGAGGUCAACUUUGGCCUCAAGCAGAAGGUGCUGCAGUCUCAGCUGGACGGCCUGCUGCAAGGCCAGGACGGCAUCCGCAGCAGCUGCGACUUCACCGAGCAGGCCCUGAGCCACGGCGGCGAGGCCGAGGUUCUGCUGGUCAGGAAGCAAAUGAGCGAGCGUCUGGCGGAGCUGGCGGCCCGAGAGCUCCCCCUGCGGCCCGGCGAGAACGACCAACUGGACUUCCGCCUGGAGACGGAGGGCGUGAAGAAGUCCAUCCACAACCUGGGCAGCGUGGUCACCACCAACGCCGUGGCGUCCGAGACGGUGGCCACCGGCGAGGGUUUGCGGCACUGCGUGGCGGGCGUGCCCACCUCCGUCACCGUCACUACCAAGGAUAAAGACGGCGGCCUUUGCAAGAUGGGCAACGCCGUCCUGACGGCGGAGAUCUCGGCGGCCGACGGCAGCAAAGGCGACGGCGAGAUCCUGGACAACAAGAACGGCACCUACGAGUACCUGUUCACCGCCCCCAAGGAAGGCACCUUCACGCUGUCCCUGCGCCUGUACGAGGAGCAUAUCAAAGGCAGCCCCUUCAGGACCAAGGCCAGCAAGUCGGCCGACGCUUCGCUCGCCUCCGACGGCGUCAAGAAGAGGCUCAAGUCGCCGGGCAGCAGCGGGCAUGUCAAGCAGCGGGCCAUCAAGAGGCCCGCCAGCAUGUACAGCACCGGCCGCAGGAAAGAGAACCCCAUCGAGGACGACCUCAUCUUCAGAAUCGGCAGCAAAGGGCGAAACAAAGGCGAGUUCACCAAUUUGCAGGGCGUGUCCACGUGUGUGGGCAAAGUGCUCAUUGCGGACAGCAACAACCAGUGCGUGCAGAUUUUCUCCAACGAAGGCCUGUUCCGGAGUCGUUUCGGGGUCCGGGGCAGAACCCCCGGUCAGCUGCAGCGGCCCACGGGCGUAGCCGUCCACCCCAGCGGAGACAUCAUCAUCGCCGACUAUGACAACAAAUGGGUCAGCAUCUUCUCCGCCGACGGUAAAUUCAAGAACAAGAUCGGCUCGGGCAAGCUGAUGGGCCCCAAGGGCGUGUCGGUGGACAGGAACGGUCACGUGAUCGUGGUGGACAACAAGGCCUGCUGCGUCUUUAUUUUCCAGAUCAACGGCAAGAUGGUCACCAAGUUUGGUAACCGUGGCAACGGCGACAAGCAGUUUGCAGGACCUCACUUUGCUGCCGUCAACAAGAACAACGAAAUCAUCGUAACCGAUUUUCACAACCACUCAGUCAAGGUGUUCAACACGGAGGGCGAGUUCCUCUUGAAGUUCGGCUCCAACGGCGAAGGGAACGGUCAGUUCAACGCCCCCACCGGGGUGGCCGUGGACGUCAACGGGAACAUCAUCGUGGCCGACUGGGGCAACAGCAGGAUACAGGUGUUUGACGGCAGCGGCUCCUUCCUAUCCUACAUCAACACGUCGGCCGACCCGCUGUACGGCCCUCAAGGUCUGGCGCUCACUUCGGAUGGACACGUGGUGGUGGCUGACUCGGGGAACCACUGCUUCAAAGUCUACCGCUACCUGCAGUAGCUCCACAUGCACUGAACACAAAUGAUCACACACACACACUCACACACACACACGUGUAGGAGCAGAUUUGCACUCAUUCACCUUCACCUGUUGUGUGCUAUUUGUGCCACUGGGACUUCCUGUUUUUUUUUGUCCUUUUAGGAAUCACUUCAAACCAACGUACACAUUCCAUCACAGCUAUUCUGAAUUGCAGUGACCAAAAAAGAAAAAAGUCAGUAUUUAAAUUUUGCCUCAUUACUUAUAAAGUAUUGUAUGGAGAAGUAUAGGCGCCACAAUGAAAAGGGGAAUAAAAUGUGAAAAAAAUAUAGGGAGGGAUGAUAUUAAAUACUUAAUAUCAUGAGAAUAUUUUCAAUGUAAUAAUUUCGUUCUCGGAUUUUAAGCGCUAAGCCGUAAUACGAAGAUAAAAAAAACUAACGCUGUCGCGGAGAAAGUCUUGUUAUAUUUUUUCGGAUAAUACACUCGAGUUCCAAAGUAAAUACGUGCACGUCGGCGACGUAACAGUACGAUACGACAACGCUAAAUAUACGCAUGGCUCUUUAUUAAGUGUCAAUCCAAAACAAACUAAGUCACGUGCUACUGAGUCACUAAGUGCGAUCUGCUAUAUUGUGACGUCUUGCACCUUCAAAAAUAAACAUUUUACACUUACGUACUAACAAAGUAAAUUGUAGCAAGUCAAUAGUACAAACACAUGGUUGCGCAGUUUCGGAGAUUUUUUUUUUCUACACAUUCCUAUUAAAUUAUUACAUUUUGUUGUUGUUUCUUUUCAUUUGGAAUGGAAUUAAAAUGUCCACCGGACAAUAAAAAAAGGA